AUGGCGGUAGCAUCCACAUCGACAUCCCAAAGCGGCAACGGCGCCAGCUCAGCGUCAACAGCAGCCCCUUCGCCUACGCUCUACAUCAAGAACAUCGAGGGCAAGAUCAAAAAGCCUGAGUUGCGACGUCAGCUGCACACGCUCUUCUCCACCUACGGACGCAUCCUCGACGUCGUUGCGACGCGAGCACCCUCGAUGCGAGGCCAGGCCUUUGUGGUCUUCGAAACCCCUGCUACGGCCAGUGCGGCCAAACGCGCGCUUUCGGGCUUUGCGUUCUACGGCAAGCCGCUGCACAUUGAUUUCUCCACGGGCGACAAGUCGAGGGCGUUGCUGAGGCGCGAGUUGGGCUCGGAGGCGGUGCGGGAGAUGGAGCUCGAGAGGAGCAGGACCACGGUGAGUCGGCGGGGCGAUAAGCGGGCGUUGGGCGGCGUGGAGGCGGUGGACAACGAGGAGGAUGAGGCGGAGGCGGAGGGGGAGGGGGAGAGGAAACGGAUCAAACUCGAGUCCAAUGCCGACAAAGAGGAGCAGGAGGAAGAGGCGGCGGCGGCGGGCGCGACGAUACACGCACGCAGCAUCCCGACAUCCAUCGAAGCCUCCAUCCUCGACACGUUGUUCGCCUCCCGCGCCGGGUUCCGUUCCAUCACUUCCUCCAGCGCAAAAGAGGACGACGGCACGUGGGCUGCAACCAUCAAGUUUGACUCGCAUCCCAACGCCGAGGCUGCGCACGCCGCGCUCAACGGCGUACAGCUGGAUCCGCUGUAUACCUUGAAUCUGCAUGUACAGUAG